AUGUUUGCGAUUGCUGUAUUAGUCCUUUUCAUUCGCUCCGUUGUGAGCUGCGAGGAACCAAGAUGCAAUGGAACGUCCUCGUUACCAAACACCCGGUUACUGGGACAUGUGUUUCUCGUAAAAGGGACCGACAACAUGGUAGGCUGCAUAAACAUCUGCGACAAACAAACACAGUGCCGAAGUAUAUACUUUGACUGGGUUAACUUUCUCUGCGAGUUAAACAAAGCCGAUGUCCAUAUUGCUCCCCAGAGUCUUAUUCCAGCCAAAGGAUAUGUGUACUUGCAUAAUCCAUGGCCAAAAAUCCAAUUGGUGAGUCACUGGAAAGUUGUAUUUUGAAAUAUUCAUAGAAAUGACUAUUUUUUGUUUUAUUAAAUAGACCAUUGGGGCACUAACUUUUAAAAGCUAAACAGCCUUAGCGUGUUUUCGUAAGUUGUCAUCGGGUUAUUCUUAUGGUCGAUUUCUACGGACGACUCUCUAAUGGAAUUGGCAUGUUCUACUUUUGCUGACUUACGUAACACGAGAACGUGAUCGUUCCGAUCAUCCCCUCGUUCGGGCCUCUCACUGUUUUGUGAUUUCCACUCACCCUCGCAGAGGCGCCCUAAAUAAGCCUCUUCGUAGCUGAUAUAUGCCCACUCUAAAUAAUAUCCGAGAGAGAAAUUUCGUUUCUUAAGUAACCAUGUAACCGUUUACAAGAGAAAUAAUGGCACAACAUCUGCGAAGCUCCAUUAUCAGUACGCUAUUCGUUUUCGAUGCUUUACUAGUUAUGCUUCCUCUCUCACUCUCUUCAGCAGUUCUCCUUCACUACACCCCACUUUUAACUAUAAAGCACCUACUGAUCAAACAUUCAUGCGCUACUCCCACUGGCUUGAAUCCGUGUGGCCCAUUGUCCUGGUUUUGAAUGUGUUUUAGGAGUAGCCUGGGGCAAGGGUCUAUAGGGUUAGAUAAAUUAUGCUGGCUUAAUUUCGAGUAUAAUACUAUGGUGCCAGCAUCAAGCAUAAUGCCGUCAUAAUAGUGAUGUUUAGGAACAUAAAUGUUGAUAAAAUUAUCCUGCUUAUAAAAACAUCAAAGUAAUGUGUUUACAAAAUGUCCUGUCAAUUGUGGCCUUUGUGGCUGCUUUAUGCACUUACUUGGCUUUUCUGAAGGCUUGGUUUUCUGUUUGAAAGCCUGGCUACUUACUUUAUGCCUGGCUCCCCAGGCUUGUAAGUUUGAGAGUGCAACAUGGCUUCCAGGUCUUCCAGUUCGGAGUCACGUCUCUUGAACUCUGAGCCAAGCAGACUCAGAAACCGUGACAAAAAUGCUUUCAGCCGAUUACGAAUUCGAAGUUCGCAGCUUUCCGACCUAGCGCGUAGCUGUGUGGUUACGACAAACAAAAGCAAAAGCAAAGAAAUCUGAGGGCCAGGUAAAGCGACCCAAAAGCCAUCAACAGUUGUGAAGAAUGUGUCAAUCGAGUCAAAGAUAAGAGAAUAUAAAGAUGUCGAGCCAUUUUGCAAAUCGAGUGGCAAAAUGUUCUGCAGAGAAGAGCUGGCAUUAAAAGCCAGCAUUAUCAAUGGACACAUUGAUUCAUCGAAGCAUAAGGCAGGAAACGAGAUGCUGGCCUAGGUAAAGAAGAGGGAUAUUUCAAUAGUGGAGGCCAUGAAGAAGAGUGUUGUUGUUAUUUAAAAGAAGAAAAUAAUAUGUUAGCCCCUAUUUUGUCUUUUUUUUUUGGCGCAAAAUUCACGUAGCAUCUUUGAGCAUAAUGCUAGGGCCGAGCAUAAUUUCGAGCAUAUUUCUAUGAUUUUACGAGUGACGACGCUCAAAAGCAUAAUGCUCAAAUUUUCGAGCAUAAUUUAUUUAACCCUACCAGGGUCUGGAAGGGUAUUUUCGGGAACCGGGAUUUGACCAAAAUACGGUGCGGGAUUUGGGAAAACGCAAAUUAUAUCUUGACGGGAAAUGGGAUUUGAUUGCUCCUGUUAAGCGGGAUUCAUCAAAACUUGGGCACGGGAUGCGGGAUUUUUUGCCUAUCUGUUGGGAAUUCAGAAGUCGUACUAACGGCAAAUGCGAAUCAAGCAGGUGUGCGCUCAGUGGUGUCUCCUAUCAGAGCAAACUGUAUAGAGUUAUCUUGGUAAUGAUUAUCUCAAUGAAACUGUCAAGUAAUCAGCAGACGAGCGGACAGAAGACUUCCUCUUUCAACCUGAUGUCAGAAAAGUACCAGGUAUAAACGGUGCUAUCUGACCAGUUUUAAAUAACUUGGUGCAUGCAUGUCUUUAAUAAAUCCUCCUCUCUCCCUCUUCCUGUCUUCCUCCUUUUCCCCACUUUCAUCGAAAUUACUGGGAACAAAGGACAAAAUUCGGCGAAUCUCGGUUCCCUUCUUUUGCACCGUACUGUACCAUGUUAGAAGUACUGGGAACUGUUUUUCUCUUUCUCUCAGACGUCAUGUGCACAAAUUCAGCAAAUAUUCCCGGAUGCUAAAUCUGGCUACUACUGGGUCUACAUUAAGGGCAAGAAGGCAGAAGUAUACUGCGACAUGGACAAUUAUGGU